AUGAAAACAAAUGUGCAAGCACCAAAAAUACUAUUCGAGAAACUGGGCACCGCCGGCGUCGUCACAUUCAAUCGGCCGAAAUUCAAUCCUGUGAACUACAGCGUGUCGGCGCAGCUGCACCACGCCCUCGCCUCCUGGGAGAGGAGCUGCUCGAGAGUACUCUUCAAGGGCGCCGGGGGGAACUUCAGCGCUGGAGGGGAUUUCAAAUGGCUUCUAUCUUCUGAUCGAGAACCAACCAAGUAUGCUUAUAUGAGUUCAGAAUCCAACAACAAAUAUCGGAUAUCUCAGAACAGGAUUCCGUACGUAGCUUUUAUGGACGGUGCAGUGCUAGGUGUCGCCCUAAUGUUAGUCGCCCACGCCAAGUACAGAGUGGUCACGGAGCGGACGGUUGUCGCCAUGCCUGAAGCUCGCUUCGGUUGGUUAUCAAGCGGCCCACAUUUUUUACCGAAAUUGGACAAUCAUUUAGGAUUCUUCAUGUCUAUGACUGGUAAACUCUUGAAAAGUAAAGACGUAAUGCUAGCUGGCAUGGCGACCCACUUUGUUCCCAGUGCUCGCCUACAAGAGCUCGAACUUGAACUCAUUAGCUGUAAUGUUGAGGAUAUAGAAACUCGUUUAAAUUCAUUCAGUGAGCCGAUAGGAGAAUUUACUCUAGCUCCUCAUAUAAAAGAUAUAGACUACUGCUUUUCUGCAGAUACUGUUGAAGAAAUCAUCGAAAGACUGUCAAAGAUGGACUGCGAAUGGUCUAAAGAGGUUUUAGAGAUGAUGGCCCCGUUAUGCCCGACCAUGCUUAAAGUUACCCUUAAGGUGAUGCGACUCGGGAAGACCCUCGAUCUGAAGAAUGCUCUGCGGAUGACAUACCGGGUGUUGUCCCGCUGUGUAGGGAGCUACAACGCACAAGAGGGUCUGAGGGCACUGCUGGCCGGUGAAGCUGACCAUCCGAACUGGCAGCCGAGAAGACUGGAGGAAGUGACAGAUGUUAUGGUGGACAAAUAUUUUGAACCUCUGCCGGAAGGAGAAGAACUUAGGCUUUAUGACGAUUAA